GGUCAAAUCUUAUGUUGAAUUCUUUUUGUCUAUCGACGCACAGAAAGGCAUGUUUAUUAAGUUUUGUAUAAUGAUGAAACGUAAAGUGAUUAAGAAUUCCGAGGAAAUCGGGUCGAUCGUAAACGAUUAAGACGUGAGCUUGGACACAGCGAGUAUUCGGCCAGCCAUUUCAUAAGACCUUCGGAUACGUUUAUUCUCGUUAGUGUCGGGUUAACAAACUGGUGCGACAUCAAUUCGACAUUUCCGUUUCCAUUAAGUCGCUAAAUAUCAUCGACGAGCCCGUACGAUAUCUCAGGACAAACGUUUCGUUAAUCGACACGAAACAAAACCGAACGUUGUUAACUCGCUUCUACUGGCACGAGAGCGCAUUCCGAUCUUCUGAGUGUUAUAUGCGCAAUUUUCGUUCGUCUAGCCUUAUUACGUUUUCAUCGCAGAAACGUUUUGAAAAGCGGGUUACACGUUCUUCGUUUUUUGGCCCAUCCGACAACAACCGGCAGAAACUGUGAAAAUAAGCCUGUGCUCAUGUUUCGUGAAUUCAUCGCUUUGUGACGUUGUUUAUUGUAUGUGUUGUUUUUAUCGAAUCUAUAUUAGUAACAGUUCCUAACGUGUUCUAUUUGUGUAUAGUAGCAGUCGUGUUUGAUUCGUUAAAUUUUGCAAUUUUCACCGUUUGGAGAAAACUAUUUUGUUCGUGUAAAUGGGAAAAUAUCAUUUCCUGUUUUGCAUUUGUAACGAAUGCACGAGAGGCACACGAUGGUUCAAUGUUGAUUUCAAAGAUCGUAGUUAUGUUCGUUUAAACAUGGUACUGUUCAAGUACGAUUUUUCAUACGAUACUAUUACAAAUUGAAAUGUUAGCUGUAUAAAGAUUUUUCACAAUUGUGGAACCGGUGUAAUAAUCUUUCGUUACUUUCGAUAUUUUAGACUGAGACAAGCAUACGUGGUGUGGAUUCUAUAGUAUAUACUGGCAGAAAGUAUAUUUUUCAUAAAAACAGGACUGUUAGACCAUGGUUUGUAGAGCUGGUCAAACAUGUCUGAUUCAGUUCGAUCUGUUAUUUGGAUCUCAAGACAAGACUUUGACUCCUGACAGAUAUCCCCUACGCGAGUCCACUCGUGGUAAAGAUCUUUAUGAUUAUAUCAAAGAACAUUGUCACAUACAAGCAGACAGGUUUAAAUUGUUUCUAUCAUCAGCUGGAAGACUGAUUGAUUUAUCUGGUAUGAAAGAUAAAACUAUGUUAGAAGUUGGCGUGGAUUUUUCCUUUGAUCGAGAUUCAACGGAACACAAGCACACGCUCUUAGUCACGGAUCCUAAAGUUACUUGCAAAGCAAUCAUUAUCAAGCAGAGGAUGAUGCGCUCUUUGUCUACGUGUAAUUCGGUGCAAACAUCCGCAAAUCUUUCAUCGAUAUGCGAAGAGGAUAAAAAUGUUGAUGUUAAAAGUAUUUUUAAAUCUGAAACAUGUUACGUGGGUUUAGUAAAUCAGGCAAUGACAUGUUACUUAAAUAGUUUACUUCAAGCACUAUAUAUGACACCUGAAUUUCGAAAUGCAUUGUACAACUGGGAAUAUGUAAAUGGAUCGGAAACAGAUGAAGCUAAUAGUAUUCCAUAUCAAUUGCAAAAGUUAUUCUUAAAUUUGCAGACGUCAACAAAAUCAGCUGUGGAGACUACAGCAUUAACAAAAAGUUUUGGUUGGGAUUCUACGGAAGCUUGGCAGCAACAUGAUAUUCAAGAACUUUGUAGAGUUAUGUUCGAUGCGUUAGAACAGAAAUUUAAAAAUACAGAGCAAGCUGAUUUAAUCAAUAGGCUUUACGAAGGAAUGAUGACCGAUUACGUUAAAUGUCUCGAGUGCGAGACUGAGAAAUCUAGAGAGGACGCUUUCCUUGAUAUCCCAUUACCGGUUAGACCAUUUGGUAGCGAUGUGGCAUAUAACAGCGUGGAAGAAGCCUUAAGAGCAUUUGUUCAAUACGAAACUUUGGACGGAAGUAAUCAGUAUUAUUGUGAAAAAUGUAAUAAAAAAUGCAAUGCGCAUAAAGGAUUAAAAUUCACAAAGUUUCCAUAUCUUUUAACACUUCAUCUUAAACGAUUUGAUUUCGACUUUAAAACUUUCCACAGAGUUAAACUUAAUGAUAAGGUUACUUUUCCGGAUAUAUUAAAUUUAAAUCCGUUCAUAUCAUCCACGAGAAAUCAAGAAUCUCCGAGUAGCGAUGAAAAUAUUGAUUUAGUGAAAUGUGAGGAUGGCUCAACAACAGAUAACGGUACUUUAGACGAUGAUUAUACUCCCUGUGAAAACAGUCUUCCCAAUAGUAAUCAUUCGAGGAAUCAUGAUCAUGAUGACGAUGAUGAAGAUAUAUAUAUAAGUAAUUGUCCGUCAACAUCAAAUUGCACUGUGCAUAAUCAUGAAAACGAGAAAAAUCAUAGUAGUAACGAGGCAAAGGGUCCUUAUAAUUAUGAACUGUUUUCGAUUAUGAUUCACAGUGGUAGUGCCAGUGGUGGUCAUUACUACGCUUAUAUAAAAGACUUCAGGACACAGGAAUGGCUGUCUUUUAAUGAUCAAAGUGUAACUCAGAUAACUCACGAUGAUAUACAAAAAACGUAUGGUGGUGGCCCAACAAGGCCAUACUACAGUGGAGCAUAUAGUAGCACCAAUGCGUACAUGCUCAUGUAUAGACAAAUUGAUCCUGCUCGUAAUGCUUUACCUAUGCAAGUGCCGGAUUUUCCUAAACAUAUACAGGAACUAUUGACAAAGAUGAAAGAGAACGAGGAUAACGAUAGAAAGAGUCGUGAGAAAGAACCGUUUCAAUUACCGAAAGAUAUGUUCAUAUGCUCUAAUAAAGAACCGCUGUUUGCGAAAGAAGUACUUUAUGGUUUUGAAACAAUGCGAGUGCCUAUAGAAUUUCACUCACGCUCGUCUAAAUUUACCGUAAAAAUAUACUCUAAGAAACAGCGUAGUAUGGACAGUAAGAUGGAGUCCCAUAAAAUUUCCUUUUACAACAAUGCAAGGUUGGCGGAUGCCACGGAACAGUGUUAUCGAUACUUCCAUUUAAAGGGGGUAGUUAGAUUAAACCGGUGUCGUUUGGUACACUACGAUGCCAUCAAAGAUAAAAUCCUGCGUAGUUUUGAAGGUAGAGAAGUUGAAAAAUUUCAUAGUCUCUCGAAAGGUGGGAGGUAUACCUUCUUAUUCGAAAUACGGGAGGAGGACGAAGAGUUUCAACAAUAUCAAGAAACUGGUUUUACUACAAAAGUAUACAUAGUCGAUGUAAAUAGAAAAUCGCUCAUAGAAGGUCCGAUAGAUGUACCGGGAUUGCAUUCGCAAACCGUGAAAGAAUACAAACAAGUGGUAGGGAAAAUGGUCAAUAUGGAUCUUAGCGAUAUGAAAUUAGUGUUACAACAUGACUAUAUAGACACGCAUUUUGAACCGGAGGACGAAGUUGAGCUUGGGCCCGCAGGAUUCGUUCCUUUGAUCAACGUAUAUAUAUCGAAUGUACCCGUUGACGAACUUCAAGCUUUCCAUUUCUCGGCGUUAUACGAAAUAAUAGAGAAUCACAAAAAUAUUAUAACGCUGCGCGUGGAAUUACCUGAAACAAGUAAAGAAAUUUUUGAAGAGUUGAACAUACCGAGGUUAGAUGAGAGAUGUAAGGAUAAAGAUAAACCAAUUGCCGAUAGUCCAUCCAAAGUGAACGUUAACGAUACGAAUUGCGAAGUUGGUCCCAAAUGCAACGACGUCCCAAAAAGCGAAAAGAGUAACGAGGAUACGCCUGUAAGAAACGCGAGCCCACAAUUAGGAGAGAGCGAGGAAUGGAAUACUCCCGAACAAAGUAAUAGCGAAGAUAGCAGUCUUAGCGACAGCGAUAAAACUUUGGUCGGAGAUGCUCCUGAAGAUGAUGAUUUACAAGUACCGUAUCUUCCAUUAAAAAUGAACAAUCGUGACAUUGACAUGCUCAAUCAGAUUAGACUCGAGAACUGGAUCAACGUUGACGAGGAUAAGGAAUAUUAUUUCAAUGCUACACCUUGCACGGACGCCGAUCAAAAAUAUUUGAAAGUAACGUUUGACAAAAGAAUGAUGAUGAGCACAUUCAAGAAAUGUUUGGAGCCAUACGUUGGCGUGCCAGCGGAAUAUUUUAAACUUUUCUACUAUGCUAACGAACAUUAUGGACGCGAAUGGCGUGGCUUGAAAAAGACUCUUCUAUGUUGCGAGAAUGAACAGAAGUUUUGUAUAAAGCUCGGACCUUCUUUGCACAACGACGAUUUUACAGUAAUGGUGUAUCAGUUUCUUAUCAAGUGGCGUGUGCUUUACAAAUUUUUGGGCGACUGGACCUUGACGAAGGAUAUGACUGUCGGGCAGGCGAAAAGGGAAAUCCUGUCGGAUAUUAAGAAAAAACACGACAUAGAUAUACCGUAUGAUAGAUGUCGAUUAAGAGAAAAGCGUUUAUCGUUAGCGUCCACGGUAUAUUUAGACGAUGAGAAACUCGAGAAAUACCGAUUUCAUUCGCAAUCGGAAAUAAUCCUACAAGAGUUACCUGAUAAAGAGCCAGUUACCAAUAGCGAUCAAGUUGUGCUAUUCGUCAGAAGAUGGUCCCCUGCAAACGCGCAACUCGGACCGCUAGAGGAAAUUGUUAUGGAUGGAAAUUCUCUAAACGAAAUGAAGAAAAAAUUAUCUACGAUAUCAGAUAUUCCUGAGGAAUACAUAGAGGUAGCAAGGACGAAAAGCUAUUUUCCAAGUAACGUGUCUAUCGGUCGAAUUGAAAAUGAACAAGGGUGGAUCGGAAACGUUCUAGAUAGCGAAUUCGAUUCCAAUGAUGGUUCGAUGUUUUUAUAUAGGGAUAACAGAGAAGAGCGAGGAAAUUUGAACACGGACUCGUUAAACGACGACUCGAAUUAUGUACUAAAUCGCGUAUUGCGUAAUUCGCGACGCACGCGAAAAGAGAAGGCGCUCAGAAUACAUCUGAGCACCGAAUGAUCGUCCAUUGAACAUACAACUUCUAAGAAACAACUGUUAAGUAGACAUGUGUGGGAACAUGAAACGGUUGCGUACAAAACAAUUACACCGUGUCAGGUAUGUGUAAAGUCAAGUAUUCACCAAUCGCCAAAUACUCUGUGCUUCAGUAAAUCUUUAACAUUUGAAAGUUUUCGCGCGUCUAAAGUCAUUUGGCUUUUCGAGUCGAACGGAUUCGUGAAAUUCAUUGGUUUUGUGAAACAUUACGCGUUACCGAGAGACUUCAGAACGCGAUUGACGUGUCUCGUCGCGAAAUUCUUUGAAACCGUUAGGAUCGUAAAACUCCCGAUAACCUACGAAUUGCUGAGUUAUUUUUCCAUCUAUCGAAUUCUAUUUAAGAGGACAAAUGCUAACGGGGGUAACGAAUGCGCUGAUAAACGGUAAACAAAGAGAAUACGGGACAGGAACAUUGAAUUGCUUGGUGAUAAUCCGAAUUUAAACUAUGAACUUCUAACGAUUUACGUGUGUGUAACUGAUAACAUUUGGAGUUCCUGCGUCUACAUUUUCACAAAUGUCCUUGGUAGCUUUCGUAACCCUAGGAACUUUGAUGCCUCCGCACAUCCGUAUCGAAACAUUUCAGACAACUGUCUUGUUUGAAAAAGUUAGAUGUUUCUAAUGUCCGAACGCAGCACAGAGUAUAACUAUUUGUUGAAGGACAUUUAUCUGACACAACAAUAGUUAACCCUUUUAAUGCCAGUAUAGGUUAAAUUGCAGUCUUACAACAUAAUUCUCAAUCAUAAGCUUCAAAUUUAUUUAAUCUGACAGUAGUAGCACUUGUAAUUAGAUGUGUUAUAAAUUUCGACACUUUUUUUCUUUUUUAUUUCGAAUAUGGUACAUUGCUCUCUUUACCGUUUCAAACAUAUUAAUUAAACACUCCAUAUUGAAUUGUUUACCGAUAACUAAGAAUAUCUGCAUGGAUAGUAAGGUUGCAAAAAUAUAAUAUGUGUUUGCUUAAAGUCUGACUUAGCGCCACUACUAUCAAAUUAAAUAGAGAUUCUUCCAUAUGGUCUGUUAAGAUCCAUUCUGGCCAGGCAUGUAUCCUGCAGUCUGUUUUAAUUUAUUUAAUUAUAUAUGUUUAUCAUUCAUUAUGUUGUCGGUACAAAAGAAUCUGUACCGCUUGGAAAACCAAAAAGUACAUUUAGCCACGGCAUUGUUGUUUCCUACAAAUCGAAUAUUCAAUACUACGAAAAAAGAUUCUCCAAGGAAGUCCACCAAAUUUACAUUUGUAUGAUAGAUCGAUUGCUUGUAAAUAAUAAAACUUGUGAAUUGAAUGCCAAUAUUUUUCUUUGUAUCAAUAUCACCAUACUUCUUAAACAGAAUAUAAAGCUAUGUUUUGUAUGUUAUAUUGUACAAUAAUGCACUUGAUACAUGUAGGAUACCAUCCUUUUGCAUUUAUCAACAGUUUAGCUUGGCACUUUUUGCUAAUUCCACUGUUAGAAAUUUUGGUGCUGAAAGGGUUAAGAUACGAAAUUGUUGUUAAUCCUUGUCAUUAUUAGAACGUUUUGAUAAAAGCUCUCUAUAAAUUGUUUAUUAUUUCGCAGCAAUCGUUUCACGUUCGGAACGAUUGCUUUGGGUUAUAGUCAACAAUGGAUAGAAAUGUAAAAAAUUCAUUGAAGUAAAAGAAAUUUAUGAGAUAUGUAUUAUCUUUAAAAACAAUAUCAGUUGUUGUAUGGCGAUUUACAUUGUUCUCACAAUUUUUAUUAUAGCUGUAAUUUAUAUUUAUUGUAUAUUUGUUAUAUGAAUGCCUAGUUCGGAUUGUUCAUGAUCGAUCAACAAUCUAUUAAAGUCAUGACAAUCUAAAUGUUUAUAUUCAAACAAAAAAUAAAAUGAGUCACACCUUUGGUACAGUGAAUCUCUUACUGGAGUGUAUCAUUGUGUAGUUGAAAAGAAUUUUGUAACGCAUUUUCAUCCAUUUCAUUUAAUUUAUUCGAUUUAACUAACUUUUAAUCGUAAAUACGAGUCUAGAACCAAAUAUAUGACAUCCUCAUCAAUUUAAUUGCCUAUAACGAAGUGUAAUGAAAUGUGAAAAUUACUUCUUUAAAGUAAAGUAAAAUUAUUUAUAAUAUUUUUCUUUUUAUAUUUGAAAAUUGGUAGGUUUAAUGUCCAUUGCAUUAUGUUUUUCUUCGCUUUUUUCAUAUUCAUUCUUAUUUAUAAUGUUUGGAGCUGAAUCUUGAAUAUUGUUUGUCGAUUGUUUUUAUAAUUACCAGACAAGAGCAACUAUUAGAACUGAGUCUGUUAAAUAAUAUUGUAGGUAUGUGUGAAUAAUAACAGUAGUAUACAAAAAAAUUAAUAUUUUUGCAUCUACUUUUCAAACAUAUCAACUUUUCAAGAUUGUGAAUAUUGUCAACUAUUUAAUUAUUUGAGGUUUUUUGUUUUACCAUAGUCUGUACGUUUGUUAAAUAUUCUCUAAAUUUUCUUUUCAAACAGAAAUAAAUUCCUUCACGAUUAUAGAACGUAAAAACGGUUUGUUUCAUAUUUUAUUUGUUUCUUCGAUAUUUGUGUGUACCCUACUAUAAAUAUUUAGAUAUUCAAAUUUCUCGUUUAUAGUUUAUACUCGAUUCGUUUUUCUAUAGAUCUUCGAUAUACAAACGUAUUUGCACAUAUCUACGUCAGUAUCGAAUGUAAAGAAUGCUAUAACUUGUAUUUCAACCCGUUGAGGAUGAAUUAGUGCAGGAAUGGUAAUUCACGAUGAUCAGUUGUUACGAAUACAGCCUACACACCCAACACCAUUUCCAUCACCGGCGAUCAAACAUUCUUUGUAUCAUAUGCUAUAGUUUGAAACAAAUUAUAUUUAUAAUUAUUAAUAAGUGAUAAUUGAAAUGACUGAAACCGUUGUUUAGAUACCCUCUAAUACUUAUUCUCUAGAUCAGGGCUCGGCAAAUUAUCAAGUUAAAUUUUAUUCUCUGUUUUAGAUGUAGCUAUAUAGUUAAUGAUAUUAUUUCGCGUCCACGAAACUCGACGUCUUUGUUACGUAUGGUCUACCUUGGGCACAGUCUGUCGAUCCCUAGUCUAGAUCAUUAUUAUCCGGAGCUUGUAUCGUGCAAUUAUUUUUACAUAGCAAUUUUUUUUUUUCCUGUACUUGCCAGAUCGUUGUAUGAAUUUUCAAUUUAAUAUUUUGCUCGAGUAGUGGAGAAUUGAAUAAAUGUUGCGUUAACCUAACUAUCCCUUAAGUUCGAAUUUUCUUUUCUCUUCUUCAUUCGCGGGCAUUAUCAAUCGUUACUAUUGAAACAAUUGUCACGGUUCAUAAACGAUAAAUUACAAAUUAUAAUUAUGAAUUGGUACGCGUAAUUGAUACUUUACGGACGAUAACAACGAUUAAUUAUUUUCGGAAUAUAUUUACAAGUUACAUACGAUGAAAAUUUGUGCUUUUUGUAAGCAUUUCGUAGAAAUUUGACGUAUAAAUUUGACAAUCGACUCACAUUUUUCUCAUUUCCGCAAAAAAGUAAUCCCGAACCAAUUCCUCGUCCACGAAAUAUUAAAAGAGAAUGUAGAUCCUUUAAUUUUGUAAUUGCAGAAAAUAUUGAUCACCUUGAAGCACUAUAUUUAGUUUAUUAAUAGUUAAUCGCGGGAAGAAUGUAUGUAUCUGAAGACGAUUUGAAAAUACUAUGCGAAGGAUGCCGACGUUCCUAAAUUCGAUUAUUCAUGUGUACCAAUAUUAAUCGCACGAAACUAAAGACACUAGAUGCGCAGACUAUAACGACGUAUAACCUCUAAAACUGAGCAAAACCAAGUGAAACUCUGACACUGGAACCAAGUAAAACAUAAACAACGGUUCCGAAUGUUACCGUAAACAAAUUCGUGAAGGAAACAGGACAUUCGCAUCUGGUUUAAUUACAUGCAAAACAUGGUGUACUUACACUUUCCAUCGAACUUAACGGAAGAAGAAUUGAUGCUACAGGCGAAGUACAAUAAACUUAAAAGAAAG